CUCCCAUCUCAUCCCAUCGUCUUUUCAUCCGAUCUUUCAUUUCGUCCGAUUCAACAUCAAUCUCCAAAUCUGAAGCAAGUCAUUCUCUUGUGUUCAGAAUCAUGUCGGGCGACAAUUUCACGGCAGCCAUGGCCAACCGGUCGCGCCGUACUGUCGAGAAUGAACUCAAGUUUCUUGCGGAACUGUCGGAAAUCACACAUGAAGAUCUGGCGUCAAUUCUGGCUGUGCUCAACGAGGGUCAGUCGCGGCAGCUGUCGCAACCACUGCCACCGCAGCCGGUCCAACCACCAGUGCAGCAAACAGCUCCUCCGCCGGUCCAGCAGCCUAUUGUGCCUCCUCCGGCACCAUUUUCGCCUCCGACCAACCAGCUUGCCAACACUUCACUGAACGAGAAGGCACCAGUGCAGCAACAUCCUCCUCCGGGACCGCCGCCGGGACCGCCGCCUGCGUACGGCGCUCCGGGGGUCCUGUGCACCGCUACAGCCUUGUAUGCUUUUGAGUACAAAGACCCCGGUGACUUGGAAUUGCGACCAUAUGACAAAAUCCAAGUUCUCAAAUACACGGCGGAUGAGUGGUGGUAUGGGCGUAACGAACGAACCAACCAGGAGGGUAUCUUCCCUCGUGCCUGGGUGAACGUGAUUCAGGAUAAGGGUGCACCUGCGACUACCAACUAUGGAAACAUGCCACUGGAAGUGAGCCAGAGCGGUUCUGCACCCCCCGGGCCCGAGGGCGAGGACAAGGGCAACAAGUUCGAGCAGGGUGGCAAGAAGUUUGGUAAAAAGAUGGGCAAUGCCGCGAUCUUCGGUGCCGGCGCUACCAUGGGAUCCAACAUUGUGAAUAGCAUAUUCUAAUUUGGGAAAACAAAUUUCGAUAUAACCAGGCGUGCUUUGGACAAGGUGACAAUCUGGACGGACUAUUUUCUGUUUUUUCGAUUUGAUUUCCACCGGGAUGGUGUUAGUGGCUCGUUUUUCUUUU